AUGGUCACUAUAGAAGUAGGGGACCAGCAAGUUGACUUUUUAGUGGACACUGGGAUAAAACGAUCAGUGGUGAACAAACUUAUUGGUCCUACCAGCGCAAAAGUCACCAAAGUGGUGGGGCUGUCAGGAAAAAUUCAGAAAUGCCCUUUUCUACAGGAACAGACAUACAAUGGCCAGAUGCUAGUGACAAUACCCAUGAAAGAAGAAUGGAGGAUCGGGCUCCCAGACUUGGAGAAACCGUUCGACUUGUUCGUGUCUGAGAAGGAAGGAGUGGCUGUAGGGAUACUUACCCAGACAUUAAGAUCAUGGCAGAGACCAGUGGCUUAUCUGUCAAAACAGUUAGACACGGUAGCACAGGGAAUGCCGCCCUGUCUUCGUGCAGUGGCAGCAGCAGUAGAUUUGAUAAAAGAAGCAAAUAAAUUGACCAUAGGGCAGCCACUGGCCGUCAAAGUACCACACCAUGUAAAGGCGCUGUUAGACACCAAGGGACCGCGCUGGCUCACAAAUGAGAGACUGACAAAAUAUGAGGGGGUGUUGUGUGAUAACCCGAUGGUGACCCUAGAAACUUGUGCCACCUUAAAUCCGGCCACCUUGUUGCCUGCCCCAGGAGAGGAAACAGUCCACCAGUGCAUUCAGGUGAUGGAACAGGUAUAUUCCAGCCGACCUGACUUAAAGGACGUACCAAUGUCCAAGGCAGACAUGACCCUGUUCACAGAUGGCAGUAGCUUCAUGGAGAACGGUGAGAGGCGUGCAGGAUAUGCGGUGGUACAGGGGGGGGGAGAGAUUCUGGAAGCAGAGUCGCUCCCUCCGGGAACCUCCGCUCAACGGGCUGAAUUGAUAGCCCUCACCAGAGCACUGCAGUUGGCAAAGGGAAAACGGGUCAAUGUCUACACGGACUCAAAGUACGCCUUUACUACGCUCCAUGCCCAUGGAGCUUUGUACAAGGAGCGGGGACUCCUUACGUCGGCUGGAAAGGGCGUUAAAAAUGCAGCUGAGAUUGUGGCCCUCCUGGAGGCGGUCUGGGACCCGGACAAAGUGGCUGUAAUGCAUUGCAAAGGACACCAAAGGGGAGAAGACCCAGUGACACAGGGUAAUAGGCUAGCUGAUUUGGCCGCAAGAGAGGCAGCUAAGCACCCCCACAAUAAACAGCACCUGUUGGCUGUGACGGUAAUAGGAGAUCCCCCAUUAGAAAAGUUUACAUACACAAAAGAAGAGGAGAAUUGGGCUUUGGGGGAAAAAGGAGAAUGGAAGGGAGAGGUCAUUGUGAUGCCAGAUAACCGCGUUUAUGUCCCUAAGGACAUGGCGUGGCACAUAGUCCGACAUAUGCACUCCAACACACACCUGGGUAAGACAGCCUUAGCUAAGCUGCUAGAACGACAAAUGUACAUUGAUGGACUCCAUAGCCUGGCAUCAGCAGCAGCACGCAGAUGCUGGACAUGCGCCAAGAAUAAUCCUCGAGAGGGACCCUUAAAGCCACCAGGAAUUCAACACAUAGGCAACGUCCCAUUCGAGGCAAUUUUGACUGAUUUUACUGAGAUGCCCCCGCAAAAGGGCUACAAGUAUUUGCUUGUUUUUGUGGACACCUACACCGGGUGGGUAGAGGCAUACCCAACCCGAACUGAAAAGGCAGUAGAAGUAUCAAGAGCACUUUUAAAGGACAUAAUCCCCAGAUUUGGAAUACCAUUAGAAAUAGGGUCUGACAACGGUCCAGCUUAUGUACACAAGAUGAGAAUGGGGAAAUAUGUGGCCAAGCAAUAUCAGAGGAUGGCCAAAAUGGUGAAAGUUAUUAAGGAGGAAGGACAGUCAAGUGGAUGA